CGGCGGCUGGGAGCGGCGUCCGAGGCAUCCGCGGUCCGAGUCCCGCGCGGCGGCCGGAGGGGGCGUGCACCGCAGGCGAGAGCGUGCUCGGCCCCUGGGCUGGCCUCCGGCGCCCCCUCCGCUCCGCGCGGGGUACCGGCUGGGUCGGCGUCCUGCCGGCGACCCCGGUGAGUCCGGGCCCUCUCCGGGGAGACCCUGCGGAGGAGAGAAUGGCGCGCGUGCGUUUCGGGGGUUUUGUGAGGAGCGGAAGAAUAAAGAAGGUGCUUGGUGAGGAGUAGCGACCCGAGUGCCGCGGUCGGCUGUUGGGCGAGCCGCCGGAGGCGCUCCCGCCGCCGAGGAGCCGCAGUCGUGUGUGCAGCGAGCUCGCGCCCGCGGGGGGCGCCCGGCAAGCCCUUUCCCCCGUGUCUGUGGAGAACCUUCCUGUGGAAACGCGGGAGACGGCCCGGGACGUCGGAUGUCGGACUGCUGGGGCUGAGGGACUUGGCGAGGAGGGGAGAGCCGCUCUUUUAUGGUUUUCUGCGUUGUUUAAAUAUACACCCCCCCCCUUUUAAAAAUUGAAUGGUGUGUGUGACUUUUAUUGUCGAAACCUCAGAAAUUAAAGGAAAUCCCAAAAUACCGCUUUUCGGAGCUCUUGUGAGGAGGCGCACUGCCCACGGAGUCGUGCGUGAAUGGCGGGGGUUCUCCCACAGCCCUCGGCCCGCGGGCUUUGCAAGUCGGAGUCUUCGAAUCGGAGGAAGAUACCACAGCGCGCCUGUGAUCCAUCCCAUAACGGCCCCAGAGGACGCUCGGUGGCACGCGAUCGUCAGACACGUGCGCGCCAUUUGUGACCGAGUAUGCCAUACGUGCACAAGUUCAGGCCGUAAUUUACGGACGCCCCGGACGUCUGCAUAGGAACAAUAGGCUGCUGUGUCUGCCGUGACACUGGACUGACGCGGCGUGGAAUCGGUGCAGGUUAGGAGUGUCCAGAUGCCAGCGCGGCCGUCGCAGGGGAUCCCUCUGGGAGACUGAGAGGGCAGCCUCCGGGGCCUGGCCGAUCACUGGGCCGGGGGCAUGGCAGCCCCCCCGGAGCCCCCGAGCCAGGCCUCUGGGGAGGGAGAAGGGCUGCUCGUCGUGAAGGUGGAGGAUUGCUCCUGGGAGCAGGAGUCCGCCAGACCGGAAGACUGCGUGGACUCGGAGGCCUGCCGCCAGCGCUUCCGGCGCUUCCGCUACAGGGCAGCCGGGGGGCCCCACGAGGCCUUCAGCCGGCUCUGGGAGCUCUGCUGCCGCUGGCUGCGGCCCGAGCUGCGCUCCAAGGAGCAGAUCCUGGAGCUGCUGGUGCUGGAGCAGUUCCUGGCGGUGCUGCCCGGGGACAUCCAGGCCUGGGUCCGGGAGCAGUGCCCCGGAAGUGGCGAGGAGGCCGUCGCCUUGGUGGAGGAUCUGCAGAAGCAGCCAGCCAAGGCCGGGCCCAAGGAUGCACCCUCAGAGGACGCGGAAUCCGAGGCUGUGGCCCAGGAAUCCUCGGACAAGGGGCCUCCUCCAGCGGCCGGGGCCCGGAGCCUGCCACAGGUGGCCCAGGAGCAGCCCCGGCGUGGUGCCCCGCUUCCUGCCCUUCCUGAAGAGGGGGCCCCCAGAGACACGGCGCAGGCCUGCUUUGCACCUGGGGUCUGUGGCCCUGUGGCGUUGGGAGAGAUUCCUUUCUAUUUCUCCCGGGAAGAGUGGGGUUCUCUGGACCCUGCUCAGAGGGAUCUCUUCUGGGACAUAAAGCGAGAGAACUCCCAGAACACUGCGCUGGGCACGGGGCUCAGAGGGCAGAGCAGGAGGUCGCGGCCAGAGGCGGCGGUGCCAGGCCAGGCGGGCGCCCACGGGACCGUGGCCUGGAGCCCCGAGGACAGUGAGGCCUGGGAGAGCGAGAACCGGCCGGGGAUGGCCUUGGGCCGGUUGGCGGGGGCGCGGCGGGGGCGGCCCCCCACGCGCCGGCGUCAGUUCCGGGACCUGGCGGCUGAGAAGCCGCACAGCUGCGGGCAGUGCGGGAAGCGUUUCCGCUGGGGCUCGGACCUGGCGCGGCACCAGCGCACGCACACCGGCGAGAAGCCGCACAAGUGCCCCGAGUGCGACAAGAGCUUCCGCAGCUCCUCGGACCUGGUGCGGCACCAGGGCGUGCACACGGGCGAGAAGCCCUUCUCCUGCGCCGCCUGCGGCAAGAGCUUCAGCCGCAGCGCCUACCUGGCCGACCACCAGCGCAUCCACACGGGCGAGAAGCCCUUCGGCUGCAGCGACUGUGGCAAGAGCUUCUCGCUGCGCGCCUACCUGCUGGACCACCGGCGCGUGCACACCGGCGAGCGGCCCUUCGGCUGCAGCGAGUGUGACAAGAGCUUCAAGCAGCGUGCGCACCUCAUCGCCCACCAGAGCCUGCACGCCAAGACAGCCCAGCCCGUGGGGUGAGCGGCCUGGGCGGGGGAGGGUUGCUCCGAGGACCUGCGCCCAGCUCGAGCCCUUGUCGCCUGUCCUGCCUUCUCCCCUCUGGUUCCCCGAGGUCCCGCAGCAGGGGAGCGGGAGGAGUCAGGCCUGGCCUGAGGACCCUUCCCAGAGCUGCCCUCAGUCUCCUUCCUUCCCUGUGUUCGGCGUGUGUCCGCGGCCAGGCCCUCUGCCCCACCAACCUGUGCCUUCCAGUGUGGGUGAAGAUUGGCCAUGGGCAGCUGCUGGCUUUGGGAUGGACAUCGAGGCCUUCCGGCCCUCACCUCUCCAGUCAUUGGGGCAGGCUGUGUGUCCUGGCCACCAGCAGGCGGGCGGCUCCGCUGUCUGCAGAUCUGCCCAGCACGGGCCAGCGUGGUGAGGGUGGCAGCGGGUGCAGCCACGGGCUAACCCCGGAGACUGACGGGCCAACAGAGGCCGCUGCCGCCCGCCGCUGCUGAGGCGAGGACUACUUAACACGAGCACUCCACUGCAGCUCUGCUGAGGCGAGGACUACUUAACACGAGCACUCCACUGCAGCUCUGCGUCUGUGCUGCUGUGUUCUUCACUGGGAUGGGUCCUCCUCGCCCUGUGGGUCCUGUGGGCUGGGUCCCAGAGCAGCCAUGAGCCCUGGGCCUCAGGGCUGGAGGAGGGGCAGCAGGCCUUGGAGUGCUUGCCGGCUGCUCCCCCCACAAAAUGAGGAAAGGGCUCGGAGACCCCGAGGGGAGUGGUGGCACUUAGGCUGCUGGCUGCGGACCCGGAGCAUUCAAGCUGCCUCUGCGAGUCCCUUGUGGGAGGGGCUGACCGUAGCAAGAGGCCCCGCCCCCACUGCCCAGCAGCCUGUAAGAUGCCAGCCUCUCCUCUGGCCCCGCCCAAGCUGGGUCCUGUGCGGGGCUCCUCCCACUCUGGCAGAGCCCUGCCUGCUCACCUGGUGGAGGCUGUCACUGUCCCUUGGUGCCUGUGUGCCAGCCCCUCUGUCCCCACGUAACACAGGGUCACACGGUCACCGGUACAGUCCCAUGGCUCAGAUGCAGCAGCCGAGGUCUUGUUGUGGCCCAGGCCGAGUCCAGUUGGUUUCU